AUGGGCAAACUGGCAUCUGCUAAUAAUAAGCGUAUAUCCUCAUCUAUCAUAGGUAUAUCGAGAUCCAUUUCUGCUUGUAAGCGGUGCAGAAAAAAACGAAUCAAGUGUUCCCAUGAAUUUCCUAGGUGUAAAGGAUGCAUGAAGGCCAAUGUGGAAUGUGUAUCUAUUGAUCCUGCAACAGGUCGAGAGAUUCCCAGAUCUUAUGUUGUUCAUUUGGAGAGUGAAGUACAACGGCUGGAGAAGCAGUUGAAAUUAUUUGAAGACCGUUCCAGUGAUGCUCUUUCUGCCAGUCUUCACAAACUGUCAGAUGAUGGUGAGACUACUACACAUCCUGCUGCUGCUGAAAUCAAAUCCCACAGUAUGAGUGGGACUCCGAGUAUGAUAGAAACAGUGGAAAUGUGUACAGUCGACUCUGGCUGUACUGCUCCUGCGUCCUUCUUUGGUGCCUCUUCCGGUAUAUCCUUUGCCAGGUUGAUGUUCACCGCUCUCAAUUUCAAAGGGUCGGAUUUAUCAAAGAAGUCGGAGUUUGACAUAAAUAAUGAACGUCGUCAUUCAUUUGUUGAUCCAUCUACUCUAAAAGAAACUGCUCAGAACUGUAAUAUGGCGCUGCUACCUCCAAAACAGCAGGCAAUCAGUCUUCUCUCUCUUUAUUUUGCUCAGUCAAAUUCUCAACUACCACUAUUCCAUAGGGAGAUGUUUCUUAGGAUGUACUUUCAGCCUCUUUAUGGCGAUAUACCUGAAAACUGCUCAUUCGCAUCCAUCUAUACAUCUCUAAAUAGAAGUCAUAUAUCUCACGUUGAUGAACAAGAUACUUGGUACUACCAAUACACGCGGAAAUUGGACCAGGAGAUCAGCAAAAGCAAAGAAACCUUCGAUCCGUUCGAGUUUUCUGCUACCGUGGAAGUUCCAAAGAAGUUUCACAAACCGCUUUACUUCAUCAAUAUUGUGUUUGCAAUAGCUUCGUCUGUAAUUCAUCUACAGUAUCCAGAGCAGAUAUCGAGUGAGUUUAAGAGCUCUGCACUGAAAUACAUCGACGAGGUUUUUUGUUCAAAGGAUAGGUUGGAAUCUUUACAAGGUAUUUUGUGUCUCACGUUAUAUUCGCUAAUGAGGCCCUGUGUUCCUGGAUGUUGGUAUCUUCUCGGUUCGGCAUUGCGAUUGACAGUAGACUUGGGUCUACAUUGGGAAACUGCCGCAGACAAUGAUGAUGCCUUCAAGCUAGAUAUAAAAAGAAGAUUGUUCUGGAGUUGUUAUUCUCUUGAUAGGCAGAUCUGUGUCUACCUUGGACGUCCUUUUGGGAUUCCCGAGGAGUGUUGUCACGUUCCAUUUCCCAGCAAUUUGGAUGAUGCGCUGAUAACCAGAGAGGAUAGUAAUUCCGUUGAGGAUUACUCUACGAAGACCAGUUCUAUGCCGUCCUAUAAGUCUGUUUCAUUGACUAUGUUCCGCAUUAGAAAAUUGCAAGCUGAGGUUCGGUCUGUGCUUUAUGAUGGAAAAGAACUACCCAGAAAAUUCAGAGAUUUAAACGAAUGGUAUAGGGAUAUUUCAGAAAGAUUGCAGCUUUGGCUUGCCAGUAUACCUAAGACCCUGCGCAUGAUGAACUGCAACUUCAAUUCUGAAUUCUUCAAUUUGAAUUACGAUCAUACUAGAAUCAUGUUGAAUGGCCUUUCACCUGCACACUUCAAUCUUUCUCAAAAAAAUUAUAUGACGUUGGUGGAGGCUUCAAUGGAUAUGAUUUUAUCUUAUUAUCAAUUGUACACCUGCAAACUUUUGAACUAUACUUGGGCGGCUACCCAUAAUUUAUUUAUGGCAGGAACAUCUUUCCUCUAUUCGAUUUUCAACUGUGAAGAUGCCCGCAACAGUGCGCCGCUUUCUCAAGUGCAAAGGGUCGUCCUUUGUUGCAAUCUGAUAUUGAAUGGAAUAAAGGAUAAGUGUAACGCUGCCUCGCAUUGCAAAGAUGUGUUUGAAAUUUUAGCAGCUGCAGUCAUCAAACUUAAGUACACUGAUAACAAUAUUCAAUCUGUGGAUAUGUCAAGCAUUCCUUCCAAUGAGCAAAUUGCACAAAUGCAGCCUGGCAGGCAUCUACCAGAGAAUGUUCGAAACUUAGUUUCAAGUUUACCUGAGUCUAUCAGGAGCCAUGAGCUUGAUUUGAUGGCAACACGCCAUCGGUGGCAGCAGUCACUCAAUGAUGGUACAAUACACGACGCAUCAAAGAUCAAGAGGGAAGGUGAGUACCCAGCUCUAGACAAUCAAGCCAUCUCAUCUCUGAGUCAGAUCAAUAUACCAAAUAUUUCUCUGCAAGGUCAGACCCUUGUGCGAGCAGCUUCUCAACCGAUUACAUCAAUACCUUCGACUGGAAUUUCCGAUACGUCAGCUGAACGUUCCAAUAUUAUUAAUGAGGCAGAUUUGAAUAGGUUUUUCGAUGAGCUGCAAAAGAUUCAGUCGCCAGAAUCCUCAAAUAGAUCUUCCGGGAACAAUGAUAUCGCUGCUCAGCAAUCCAUUUCUGCACUUCAAAGUGCAGAGCUUCAAGCGCUAUCCUCGAACUAUGGACAUGCUAAUUAUGUUCCUUUGGAAAGUCACUCAAAUCAGUAUAUGGAAGGGCAGGGUCCAUACAUCGAUGAGUGUGCAUCACAGCAAUUUCGUCAAUCUUCCAUAGAUGUAAACACGACGACUUAUACACUUCCAGGUCUACAGUUGCAUAGUAAAUCCCCUGAGAUAAACGAACUGCAGAACUUCGGUUCAUCUGCACAUGGGCUGGGAAUAAAUGGGGUUCCAGGCAGACAAAUGUCUCAGCGAUCGAAGGAAGGUCAAAGAGUAUUCAAUAUGAUCUAUCAAGUUCCCACAGAGAGCAUAUGGGACCAGUUUUUCACGACACCUUAUGCUGGUAUGGACAGAAGCAGUAAGAGUGACGAAAGGGCGUACAAUCCAUAA